UGUGUCCUUGGCUGACAGAGUAUAAAAGUCGGCCAAAUCAUCGGAGCAACAGAAGAGGAGAGAGAACGACAGAAAUCUCCAUCCGACGGCCAAACGACAGGAAAACACCAGCAAUAAGAGACAGAAGACAGACAAAGCGACAGGACAGAGUGGAGAAUGUGUCCUGCGUGGCUAUUGGUGGCUGUGGUGGUUGUGGGCGUGGCCAGAGGAGCUGUCAGUCAGUGCUGGGAGCAUCCGAGCUGUCAGGAGCUCAACUCUGAGAGCAGCAUGAUGGAGUGCAUCCAGCUUUGUCACUCCGACCUCACCGCCGAGACCCCCAUCAUCCCAGGCAACGCCCACCUCCAACCUCCGCCUCCAUCAGACCCCUCCUCCUUCAUCCUCCCUUCCUCCUCCUCCUCCUCCUCCUCCUCCUCCUCUCCUCAGACCAAACGCUCCUACUCCAUGGAGCAUUUCCGCUGGGGGAAACCCGUCGGCCGGAAACGCCGCCCCGUCAAAGUCUACACCUCCAACGGCGUGGAGGAGGAGUCUGCCGAGGUUUUCCCCGGAGAGAUGAGGAGGCGGGAGCUGGCCAGCGAGCUGCUGGCAGCAGCGGAGGAGGAGGAGAAGGCGCAGGAGGUGAUGGAGGAGGCGGAAGAAGAGCAGCAGCAGCUUCUGAGCGACGUCCAGGAGAAGAAAGACGGUUCGUACAAGAUGAAGCACUUCCGCUGGAGCGGCCCGCCGGCCAACAAACGCUACGGCGGCUUCAUGAAGAGCUGGGACGAACGCAGCCAGAGGCCGCUGCUCACGCUCUUCAAAAAUGUCAUCAACAAAGACGGACAACAGCAGAAGUGAGAGCAAGAAAGAAAAGAGGAAAAAGAGAGGGAAGAGGCAAAGGAGGGAGAUAACCUUUCACACAGCUGAUAGAGUUCUCAUUGGCCAGGGAAGCUUGUUAUUUACCAGUUUAGUGACCAAUAAAAAGCUCUGAAUCUGCUGUCUGUAACUUGAUCCUGAACGACUGAAAGAGAGAUAAUGAGAUGUUUUGAUAUUUAUUAAUUUAUGUAAAUAACUGUAAAUUACAUGAAAACAUAAAGAGUUAUUUGCAAGCAAAA